CCAUUACCUCUUACACGACAAGUUUGCCUCUCCAUGAAAUCGGCAGAAGAGAAGACCAAAGUUGAAUACUUUUUCGGCUUCGGAUGCUGGGUUUCCCGCCAUCAGCUCCAUGGAAAUCGACUCCGAGAAAAUUCUCCAGAGGAAGCAAUCUUCUUAUGAAUCUCUGCAGGAUGAGAGAUUCGAGAUACAAAAGGAGAUGUAUAGGGGGCAGCAAUACAGCCAAAUUUACUUUGCUCGUUUGCAUCUGAUGAGAACACUUCUUCAUUCGCUUGUUCCUAACUGGAAGCCCCAUUUGCCAGUUUGCACGGUUCUGGGAAUCGAAAAAGGGAAAGAAUGUGUCAUUAUUGGUACAUUGUACAAGCACAUGAAACUCAAACCUUGCAUUCUUGAUGAAUACUCUAAAGAGAGGUCGGCUACUCCACUCGUGAAACCUCAUAACUUUAUGCACCCGGAUGAUCAUCUGGUUCUUGAAGAUGAGAGUGGGAGAGUUAAGCUUGGUGGCACAGCACUUCCUCCUGCCGCUUAUGUGACAGGUGUUGUUGUUGCAUUACAUGGGAAGGAAACUAGUGCUGGCGAAUUCUUUGUUGAAGAUGUAUUAGAAGCUGGCCUACCGCCGCAGGUAGAGCGGCCUCUUGAUCUAAAUGAAGAUAAAUACGUUCUUCUUGUGUCGGGUUUGGGCAUUGGAAGUAAUUCGUCUAAUCCUCUGCAAUCUCAGCUUCUUGUUGAUCAUAUAACCGGGCAUCUUGGAGAUGAGGAGGAACAAGGCAUUGCAGCACAGAUAGUCCAUGUCAUAAUUGCUGGAAAUUCUGUUGAAUUUCCUCGUAAACUCUUUAAUGGACAGAAUUUGGCCUCGAAAGAUCAAUCAACACUGUCUGAACCCGUCAAGGAACUUGAUAUCUUGUUAGCUCAGAUUGCAGCUGGAGUUUCAGUAGAUAUCAUGCCAGGCCCAAAUGACCCAGCAAACUUCUCCUUGCCUCAGCAGCCCUUGAACAGAUGCCUUUUCCCUGGAUCGGCAGCCUAUAACACAUUCAGAUCCUGUACAAAUCCUCACUCAUUUGACCUCGAUAAUGCCAGAUUUCUCGGAACUUCGGGACAGAAUGUAGAUGAUCUUGACAAGUAUUCAGAGGCCAAGGAUAAGCUCGAGUUUAUGGAGAGGACACUGAAAUGGAGGCACCUGGCUCCUACAGCACCUAAUACACUUGGUUGCUACCCUUUUACCGACAGAGACCCUUUCUUGAUCGAGAGCUGCCCUCAUGUUUACUUCAUUGGAAACCAAGUUAAAUUCGGGACUUGUUUGUUAAAGGGGUCAGAAGGGCAGGCGGUGCGACUAAUCUGCAUUCCCAAGUUUUGUGAGACGGGAGUCGCUGUUGCGGUGAACCUGAGGAAUCUGGAAUGCCAUACAGUUAGUUUCGGUACUCAGAUUUAACUGAAAUGUAUCUCCAGGGUUCUUCUUUCUCACUGAAAACCAUCUCAGUUCUUGAAGUGAAAGGAUUGAGCUUAUCAUGUAACAAAAUGGCGACAUAUCUCCAAAUAUUUCAUAAGGGUUUUUGAACUUCUGAUCUCAGAAGUUUGCCUUGUCUUCA